AUGUCAACAUUUCGCGCAACAUCUGGGCGGGUUCACCUCUUCAAUCUCUCCCCUGCUCGCAACUCUCAGCAUGCACAAAAGCGUUUAGGUCGAGGUCAAGGGUCCGGCAAAGGCGGAACGUCUGGUCGUGGACACAAUGGACAAAAAUCGCGUUCAGGAAACGGCAAGCCAAAAGCUGGCUUUGAAGGUGGACAGACGCCGCUUUGGAAGCUCCUGCCGAAGCGGGGUUUCGUCAAUCAGACGGCGAAGACUUGGGCACCCGUGAACCUGGACCGGAUACAGCAUUGGAUAGACCAGGGACGGUUACAAUCGACGCCAGAUAAUCCCAUAACUGCCAGAGAGCUUCUCUUGAGUGGCUGUAUACACAAUGUCCAUGACGGUGUUAAGCUGCUAGGGAAUGGUGCUGAACAUCUAAAAACUCCCAUACAUAUAACGCCUUCCCGUGCAUCUCAGACUGCGAUUCGUGCAGUUGAGAAGUUAGGCGGCACGGUAUUUUGCGAAUACUACAACCCGCUGGCCCUUCGUGAUUGUGUGAAGGGGCGAACAGACAGGGUACAGGCGGCACCCACUCACCGGAGAGACAUUUUGUGGUAUACACAAUGGAGGAACCGUGGGUACCUCUCUCCAACUGCAGUGGAGACGAUGCCUAUGGUCCAGGAGCGAUGGAAGGAGCUGUCCAAGCAACUGCGUGCAUACAAGACGCAAGAAUUCGACAAGCAAAAGUAG